AAGAACCCGACCGUAAUGUGCAACACGAUUCCAUCUGCCAUCGCUGCUCGGCAUCUCUCUGACAAUAUUAUCUGGAGAGAGCUCCUCUGUAUCUGCAUAAGAUUGCUGACAAAACCCAUCCCAGGUGUGUUUGGCGUCGUUUGCACUCCAUUGCAGAAAAUGCAGUUUAGACGAAAAGAGCUGCCGAGUCCAGAUGCCUUCAAAGGAUUCCCGCUUAACACGCUGUCAGCUCGCCUCUUCCUCAUUCAGUUUGGCCACGGAUCUAAAUUGUCAAUAAGCAAUCGCCAUACCUUCCAAUUUGGACACAGUACAAUAAGCAGACGCCACCCGCAAAACUCUCCAUCUCUGCACUUGGACAACGCGGUUACGAUGUAAUUAAUUGCCAAGGGCAUCAGCAUCACCUAAUUGCCGAGGGCAUCAACUUACAAAAAGACGUCUCCUGGUAGAUAUAGGACCCUCAACAUUCACCAUUAGCCAACUCAAGGCCGAGACUCCAACUGCAGCUUUAUCCGUCGCUGCUUGGAUUUUCUGAAGGAAGCUUACCUUCCAGCCGAACAUUAAACCCAAGUAUUUAACUGCUGGUUUUAACAAUAUGAUCAACCCGCGGAACGAUGUGGAACUCCCGACCCUAGGCGCAACUUUCCAGGCAUGACGAGUUUUAGCAGACUAUCACAGGAAGUGAUCCAAAGAUCCGGACCUGACAUGGAUGGAUUCCUGUGCUACCCUCGACGUCAUCCCCAUCGUCCUCUGGCUCUCUACCGUCUCAUAAACAGGAAGCCGUCUCCCAGAUAAUCCCUCAACAUCCGCAAGAGACACUUCGUUAUGUCAAAUGAGUUUCCUAAUGCGCCUAAUAUAUCUGU